UAUUGGAAGCCAACCGCCGUUAAACCCCACCGAAGAAAAAUAAGAAACUGCUUAGCGAUUUCGAUGCAUGCCUCGGAGCUCGAUAUCAAACGCAACAUCACUAAUCAAAUGUAGCGAAAAGCUUAAAUUGCUAGCAGCAAAAUAAGACAAACCUGUUGUGUAUAGAAUAGCACAAAAUACUUCGUUGGUUUUACCCGCAACCCUUCUGGUGGGAUACAAAACACACAGAGAAAAUGGCGGAACUUCAGAAGGAGGCAGGACUGCCCGAAACCAUUCGGAAGAACCGAGACGAAGAGGAGCCGGCUAAUUCAAAGGAAGAGGAGAUGGACACCUCAGAAGACCUGCAAGAUGACAACCUGAUCAAGGGGGAACACUUCCACAGUUCUAAUAAUGAGCAGCAAGAUGGACAUUUGGCAGUUAGGAGGAAUGUAAUAUUAGAACGAACAAAAUUCAACCAAAGACAACAAGAAGCAGGAGAGACUGCUGAUGAUUUUAUCACUGCACUUCAUUGUUUGUCAGAACAUUGUGGUUAUGGAGCUCUGCUCAGUGAGAUGAUAAGAAACAGUCUUGUCAUGGGUUUACGUGACAAAAGACUGUCUGAGCAAUUACAAAGGUACCCAGAAAUAACACUGGAUGAAGCUGUCACACGCAUUCGUCAAAAGCAACAGGACCUGCCAGAGAAUACCUUUAAAGCUACCAGCAAUGCUGCAAAUGUAGAGGAUGUGCUUUCACAUAGCAAACAGCAAUGCCCAGCCAAUUCCCAGUGCCAAUCAGAGAAGAAUCAAAACUCAGAAAGACCACAACAACACCAAACAACGCAGGAGAAUGAAGAGGAGCCUCUAGAUACUGAUGACUUCAUUGAGGAUUUCAGACCUGGAGGAGAAAAGCCACACUACUGCGCCUACUGCGGUCAGAACUUUCAAAAAGUAAGGGAUCUUAUAAGACACCAUCAAACACAUACAGGAGUGAAAGAAAUGUUCUGCCUUGAUUGUGGGAAAGGUUUUACCCGCUCUGAUAAUCUGAAAAGGCACCAGAGGACACAUAAGAAAGGGGGGGAUUGUCUUUACUGUGAUAAAAGCUUUUCUGAACCGGGAGAACUAAAAAUACACAUGGAAGUACAUAGUCAAGAAAGGCCAUACCUUUGCCCUGACUGUGGGAAGCAAUUCAAACAGUUAUGGGUGUUGAAAAAUCACCAGCUAAAACAUACAGAGAAGAUCUCACCACAGGAAAGGCAUCACUACUGCUCUGACUGUGGAAAGAGCUUUACACGAAGGCAUAGUCUUAGAAGACAUCAGCAAGAAACGCAUACAGAUGAAAAGCCGUACCACUGCUCUAAUUGCGACAAAAGUUUUGCGGGACGUGAGAGACUUAAAAAACAUCAACUAACACACAAGGAAAAGAAACAUAAACAUUACCGCUGUUCAAGGUGUGAUAAAAGAUUUCCUGACAUGGCAAAACUAAGAUCACACCUUCCAGUACAUUCUGUAGACCUGGCACUCCACUGCUCGGACUGUGGAAAGUGUUUCUUAAACAAGACAAAGUUUGAAAGACACACACGAAUACACACUGCAAGUGGAAAAAAGCCAUUCCUCUGCACUGACUGUGGGGAUGGUUUUACAACUUUACGACGGUUGGAAGAGCACCAGCGAACACACACCGGAGAGAAACCGUACCACUGCACUGAAUGCGGGAAGCGUUUUGCACGUGAAUGGACAUUAAAGAGUCACAAGCAAGUGCACAAGUUAAAACACACUGGAGAAAGAGCUGCCUAUCCUUGCUCUGAAUGUGGAAAGUCCUUCUCCCGUUCACGUGAUGUGAUGACUCAUGUGAGAAGGGUGCAUAAUAAAGAGAGACCUUUCCAGUGCUUCUGCUGUGAAAAACGUUUCUUCCAAAAGAACUUCCUUACAGUACACAUGAGAAUUCACACUGGAGAGAAACCGUACCAGUGCUCAGACUGUGGACAAAGCUUCUCCCAAAUUGGCGACCGAAAACGGCACCAGAAGAGGCAACACUCUGGAGAGGAGACUUGACCUCUAUAAAACAGUGUGGAUGGCCCCCUAAUUUGGGAAAAAGUCGAUGACUCCGCCCUCCUCGUGAACUGGAAACUGAUGAGUGGUCGCCAUAUGUAGGAGAUUGCCUCCUUUGUCAGAGGAACAUCAGGGGAGAAUCUCAAUUGCAUACUCGCAUCCCCUCUCCUCCUUCUCAAAACCCAUUGGAGGAGAAGGUCAUAUUGGAGGGACCUCUGGCUUUCUCAUCCAAUGGGUUUGAGAAGAGAGGAGAGGGAACACAAGGAGUACUCAAUUGACAUUCUCCCCCUGUGUAUCCUACAGGCUCCCGAUCACAAAACAAAUAUUUUAUCUAUAAAAUGUCUGGAACAACCAGCUAAACUUGUUUUUACCACUUUACACAUAUUUUGGGAUUCCUCCUCUGUAAGCAUAAUUUGCUUGAUGACGCGCAAGUGGAGUAGGAGAGUAAUUUCAUACAUGCUAGGGUUUGUUUUCACGUUUCCUUUCACUGACUACUUUUGAUCUUUUUCAAAAGGAGGCGAGGAGAGUUUGCGAAACCAAUUGAGAAUCUCCCACAGAGACGCUCAAUAAGAAAGGACUACAACAGUAAAACAAACAUGCGAUAUUGUCGUAGCAUCAGUCUUUAUUGUAGUUUUUUUUGUGUCAACUUUGUCAAACAAUUAUUUGAAUAUUUUGUAUCAAAAGUUAACUCUUUUUAUACAUUUUUAUUUUAUCACCCUCGUAGUUUCCACCCGGCAAAUUUGUAUUUGUUAAUCCUCCCCUGCACAAAGCAUCCCAUAAGGCCUGGUGGGUAGGGGCGUUGGGCCAGUAACCCGAAAGGUUGCUGGAUCGAAUCCCCGAGCUGACAAGGUAAAAAUCUGUCGUUCUGCCCCUGAGCAAAGCAGUUAACCCACUGUUCCCAGGGGCGACGAAGACAUGGAUGUCGAUUUAAAGCAGCCUCCGCACUGCUCUAAUUCAGAGGGGUUGGGUUAAAUGCGGAAGUCACAUUUCAGUUGAAUGCAUUCAGUUGUACAACUGACUAGGUAUUCCCCUUUCCCUAUGGCCUGACUCCUGUGUGCACUUGCAUGUGGGUUUUGACAUGAUUGGCUUAUCUGAAUUGUGCCGCGCAGACAUCACACCAGAGAGAACAGUCUAUGACUAGGGUGGCUGGAGUCUUGGGCAAUUUCUAGGGCUUUCUCUGACACCACCUGGUAUAGAGGUCCUGGAUGGCAGGAAGCUUGGCCCCAGAUAUUUACUGGGCUGUACGCACUACCCUCUCGAGCACCUUGCCGUCGGAGGCCGAGCAGUUGCCAUACCAGGUGGUGAUGCAACCAGUCAGGAUGCUCUCGUUGGUGCAUUCCCGCCACCUACUGUGCUGGAGUGUGGGCCAGAGACACUGCUAGCGGUCGCAAUGGCAAUGGGCGCGGUUUGUAGUAAAUUAUUUGUUGUGGGUGCGGCAUGUAAUAACCGUAGUCUGCAGAUAUACAUUAUUGAGGCGUUUGGGUAGCCAGGCAAUCCAUAUCAAAGAUGAUCUAUUAUAUUGACAAGAAAACUGAGUUGACUGUUGAUUCAAUGAUUGAGGCAGGUGAGACAGGGGGGUCACCAUUGAGACCAGGGUCUCAUUCUCAAGGAAGCCCUGUGAACAUGAACACACAAUUCAGUACAAAAUAACAACAUCAACACAAUACACCAAAUACAACAAGAUUAAUCAAAACAAACACAAUGAUCACAUCUCCCUCAAAAUGUAUCUAAACUGUCCAGCGAGUCCAGCUUCAAGGUGGCCUGAAGGCUAUUCCGCCCUAUGGGAUUCCCAAUCACGGCCGGUUGUGAUACAGCCUGGAAUCGAACCAGGGUCUGUAAUGAUGCCUCUUGCCCUGAGAUGCAGUGCCUUAGACUACUGUGUCAUUUGGGAGCCCUCUGCUGCAUAAAUAAUGUAAUAGGCCAGGGCGAUAUGUAUACUGUAGCUAAUAAAGUAAUACUAAGUGUAUGUUUUGAGGUAAGCUGUUAGUAGCCCACGUGCCUCAGCCUAAUAAUUUGGUCUGUUUUCACAUCUUAAUUUCGCCUAGUGUUCUGAUUUGGUGAUGCACAUGUAACUUACAAUCUAUUUUUGCAAAAUAUAAUCAUUGAAUAUUGUAAGGGCUUUCAUUGUCUGCUUAUAUAGCCCCUUUAUUUAUCCUACGGUUCUGACUUGAUGUACAGGCAGAACACUGUAAGAACGGCUCAUGUUCUGAAUUCUGUCACUGUACAUUUCAAAAGUGCUGAACAAAUAGUUACAUUGACAAAGUCCGUCUUAGCUCGCUCAAUAACGUCUUAAUCGAAAUGACGGAUUGCCUCUUAUCCGCUUGUCUUCCCCUUAUGCCAGUUUCUACAUCGUAAUUGUCAGUAGAAACCACAUUUGUUAAAGCAAGUCAGUCAUAUCACCUAUGUUUUUUCUAAAGGCAGUAAAUGAGACUGAAUUAUAUGUUUCCCUGCCAGACAAGGCUCUGCUGAUAGCCAGGUGUAGCAGUGGUGUAGUGCAAUUCAUGUAUUGUUUAAUGUUGUGUAGUGGCUUAGCUGGCAUGCAUCCUACUUUUAGUUUUUUUGUUGUAGUUUUUUUUGGGGCACACCAAGAUUUACAUGCUAAAAUCGCCACUGCCCAUAUCAAUAAAGCCACACUGCGGUUUUCCUGCUGUUCAAUUGUUUUUUCAACCCAAAUAAAUGCCUGUAUUAUUCAAUCAUAACUCAAAAUAUAAUACUGUAUCAGUCCAUUGUUUUUAUUUUUAUAUUUGAGUAUUUCUAGACAAACAAUAUAAACCACCAUUGACAUCCUUGUAUCCACAGCCUUGUCCAUGUGUGAGUGGGUGUGUGUUCCAGCCCUGUUUUUAUCAGAUAGGGGCAUGCUAUAGAAAGUGAAACAUAUGUAGCUACAAUCCUUAAUUAAAACAAUAACAAGGG